AUGUCAUCUGGCGAAGACGAAACUUCAAGCGGUGCUGAAAAUCAAGGCAUUCUUAAGCUUAUUCUCAAGCAGAACAAACAGAAGGCGGAACAAAAUGCUCGUCUCAUGGCCAUGAUGGAACGUUUCAACAAUCAAGAAGCACCGGCCCGGCCAUCGAGCAGCCCCGAAUUCAUCAUCGAAUCGUUGGCGUCCAAUAUCGGUGAGUUUUGUUACGACCCCGAGAAUGGCAAUGUGUUCGACCGAUGGUUCCAGAAAUAUAAAGACCUUUUCAUCAAGGAUGGUUCAAAGCUGGACGAUGCAGCUAAGGUCCGUCUCCUACUACGAAGCCUCAGUGUGACCGUGCACGAUAAGUACGUAAAUUUCGUUUUGCCGACGCAUCCCCGGGAUUUUUCUUUCGAGGAUACCGUGAAAAAAUUGAAGCAGCUGUUUGGAAUGAGGACUACCUUGUUCAGCAAACGGUACCAGUGCUUCCAAAUCUCAAAACGCACUGAGGAGGACUACGUAACGUAUGCAGCGGCAGUGAACAAGCGAUGUGAGGAUUUCGAGUUGAACCGUAUCACAGCCGAUCAAUUCAAGUCUCUCAUCUUCAUCUGUGGGCUGCGUUCACCUAAAGUAGCUGACGUUCGAACCAGACUACUAGCCAAGCUAGAAUCCGAAGGAGAAGGUGAAUGCAAAUUGGAAACACUCAUCAACGAAUGUCAACGUGUUCAGAAUUUAAAACAUGACACCGCCUUGGUAGAACAGAAAUCAUCGAUAAAUGCAUCAGUCUGUGCAAUCAAACAGAAAAAGCAAGUCUCGAAUCCAACUGUUCCACAGUCAAAGGAUAACAAGCUGUCAAGCGGUCCGAAGACACCAUGCUGGCAGUGCGGUGGCAUGCACUACGUUCGUGAAUGUCCUUUUGCGAAUCAUACAUGUAAAUCCUGCAACAAAAUAGGGCACAAGGAAGGUUACUGCAACUGCAACUCUGUGAAGCCCAACGUUGGAGGAACCAAAAAUAAAAAGAAGAAGUCCACAGUGAACGGCGUUUUUGCAGUAAAUCAGACAGACAUGGGAAAACCUCGGAUCACCGAAGCUGCAACCGAUCAGGCAAAAACGGCGUCUGGCAAACCCUUGCAUCUCAUUGGAGAACUAGGCUGCCCCAUCACUCUGGGAAAAAUCAUCAAAAAUGGCACCUGCUAUGUAACCACACAUCCAAAUCUCAAUUUGUUCGGUCUCGACUGGAUUGAACUUUUCGAGCUGUGGUCACAUCCUCUUUCGGCGAUCUGCAAUCAUGUACGUUCCAUCUCCAUUCAACCUCCGAUUGAACAGUACAAGGCGGCGUUUCCGAACGUAUUCAAGGAAACGCUCGGACUUUGCAAGAAAACGAGAGUCAAGCUGUUUCUUAAACAAGAUGCACGCCCCGUGUUCAAGCCGAAGCGUCCAGUUCCAUUCACAUCUGUAGUGAAAGUUGAUGCCGAGAUCGAUCGUCUGGAGCGACUAGGAAUUAUCACACCGGUGAAUUUUUCUCAGUGGGCCGCUCCAAUCGUUACUGUGAAAAAGCCAAACGGAAAAGUACGCAUCUGCGCCGACUACUCCACUGGACUGAACGCUGCUCUGGAGCCAAACAAUUACCCGUUACCGGUUCCGGAUGAUAUUUUCACCAAGCUCAACGGUUGCAAGUUUUUCAGCAUCAUCGACUUGUCGGAUGCGUACCUUCAAGUUGAAGUAGAUGACGAGUCGAAGCAGCUGUUAACAAUCAACACUCAUCGAGGACUUUACCGAUUCAACAGAUUGGCACCAGGUGUAAAGUCUGCCCCUGGAGCUUUCCAACAGCUGAUGAACGGCAUGAUAGCUGACCUCGAUGGCGUUGAAUCAUUCCUGGAUGAUAUUUUUGUAUACAGCAGAACUGAGUUGGAGCAUCAUCGACGUCUUACGGCACCUUUCAAGAGACUAGAAGAGUACGGGUUCCAUCUUCGGGAAGAGAAAUGCAGCAUUCUUCAACGGCAAAUCAAAUAUCUGGGGCACAUCGUCGACGCCAAUGGCUUGCGCCCAGAUCCAGCAAAAGUUGAAGCAAUUUCCAAGAUGCCUGCACCAACCGAUGUCACCAGCCUUCGUUCUUUUCUGGGCGCUGUAAACUUUUACUCAAAGUUUGUUCGGCAAAUGCAUCAGCUUCGACAUCCAUUAGAUGCACUCUUAAAGAAGGACGUCCGUUUCCAUUGGUCCUCAACAUGUCAACUGUCGUUUGAAAAAAUCAAGCAAAUGCUACAAUCAGACUUGCUGCUCACGCACUAUGACCCAAAUCUGGAUAUCAUCAUCGCGGCAGACGCAUCAAAGACUGGUAUUGGUGCAGUCGCAUUACAUCGGUUUCCUGAUGGUUCCAUGAAAGCAAUCGCACAUGCAUCUCGUUCGUUGACUCAAGCUGAAGUUGGAUAUAGCCAAGUGGAAAAGGAAGGUUUGGCGCUGGUGUUUGGAGUCACAAAGUUCCACCGCAUGAUCCUCGGCCGGAAAUUCACGCUGCAAGCCGACAACCAACCCUUGAUGCGAAUCUUUGGUUCGAAAAAGGGUAUUCCGCCGCAUACAGCAAACCGCUUGCAACGGUGGGCGCUAACUCUCCUGUGCUACGACUUCGAAAUCGAAUACAUCUCCACCACCCAGUUUGGUUAUGCGGAUGUACUAUCACACUUGAUCGACAGUCAUACGAAAUCGGAUGAAGAUUUCAUCAUCGCUACUAUCCAGUUAGAGGAAGACGUCGAAGUUUCACUGAAUGAAGCUCUAGUGAUUCAGUACAACCAGAAAGGUUGGCCUUCCUCCGCAAGCAGCAUCGAAGACGAUUCAGUACGUCAAUUCUAUCCUUACCGUGAAUCUGUUGCUGUUGUGAAAGGCUAUUUAAUGAUGUCGGAUCGGUUCCACUGCAAUCAUGGCCGCAACCAACCAUGGGAACGAAUUCAUAUUGAUUUCGCUGGGCCGUUUUUCGACCAAUAUUUCUUGGUAGUUGUCGAUGCGCAUUCAAAAUGGCCGGAAGUAAAGAUCGUACAAUCUCCAACCACACCAGCAGUUACUGAAUUCCUGGAUGAACUGUUUUCACGAUUUGGAGAUCCAGAAACUGUAGUAUCAGACAACGGUUCGCAGUUUACCUCGGAUCACUUUGCAGCAUUCUGCAAGGAGCAUGAAAUCCAGCAUUUACGAACAGCGCCGUAUCACCCACAAUCGAACGGCCAAGCAGAAAGAUUCGUCGAUACGCUGAAACGUUCGCUGAUGAAAAUUAAUGAGGGGGAGAUGAUUGCCAAGACGCUACAAGGAUUCCUUCAGACGUACCGUUCAACACCAAGCCGUACACUACAAGGAAAAUCGCCAACAGAACUGAUGCUGGGUCGGAAGAUGCGGACAAUCCUCAGCCUACUUAAACCCACACAACAAAACAUGGCACAGUUUCCCGUUCGUUUCAAACUGGAGACAAAGUCUAUGCCAAGGUACACUGCCAAUAAGUGGAUCUGGUCAGCAGGAGAAGUUAUCGAAGCUAUUGGUAACGUCAACUACAACGUGUUGCUGGAAGUUCAGCAUAAAAGGCGUAAGCUUAUUCGAUCGCAUGCAAACCAGCUCAAGCACCGUGAAGCAGAUGGCAAUCCGCCCGAUUCAACUAGUGAACUGGACAUUCUAGUUGACAUGUUUGGACUCCAUCCUGUACCAACAUCAACCAUACAUGAGACGACAGCACCACCACCUGUUCUUCCGGACGUUCAAAAAGAUCCAGUUGAGGCACCAGUCGAAACCCCAAUACUACAAGACAUCUCGGAGUUACCAGCUGGACAUGAAAAUGAACCAGAUGAUUGUCAUGAACAACAAGUAGAAGCAGAAAACCCAGAACAACCAGUAACACCUGUUCUCCCAACAUCGGAAUGCAGUUCUGAAAUCCAAAACCGCCCACAACGCUUAAUUAGAAUGCCUUCAAGGUUUGAACCGUACCUGGUGUUCUGGAAAUAA